GCAAGGCUCCCGCGCCGUCUUCCAAGCCUGCUACUUGUUGAAUGUGUUUUAAUGGACUUGUGCUGUGAUACACAGGGGUCAGGGUGUGGUGAAAUGGGAAGUGGGGUCAGGCAGGGGUUGUUGCAAGCAGUUUUGCUGGGCUUGGAGCGCUUGUCGUCCGCCGUCGUGCUGGUGGGUUUGGUGCGUGUUUGAGCAAUGUUUCGGAGUGUGCAGGACGUUCGUUGCAACAAUUUGAGGCUGGCAGGGUUGGUUUUUAAACGUGAGCUACUAAAAAUGUGCGUGUGCUCUGUUUCCUUGUGGUUAUGGCACUUGUUGUCAACGCCUUAAAAUGGCAGGGACUGCUGAUGGCAUUUAAGUAAGCUCCUGUUUCCCUUUCUCAGUGCUUCCGAAUUGUAGCAGCAGAGUGCGAGUGGCCAACGUCGCUGAGCGGGAACAUCCUGAGCGGUCGGAGAGGGAACGGGAUCGUGCUGAUCCGAACCCAGUGUUGUUGGAAAGGUUUAGGUUGGGCUGUGCCCUUUCCGGGAACUUUGGAUCAGGCCAGUGUGGGUCAAGGAGCCACAAAACAGACCAUCGGAGAUCUCUGUUCAAAACCGGGCAGGGAGAAGUGGACAAGCACCAGAGAUGCGAGGAAUCGGGCUGGGUCUCAGAGUCCACGCAAUUCCUCUCCUGUCCGCACAGCUGUCUUUGAGGGAAGCCGAGGAGGAGCCCUGCAGAGACAGACGGGAUACCACUGCGGUUCAGUUCGCUGGGAUGUUUGUUCCCAGUAACUGCAGAGCCAGGGCUGAACAGGGAACUUCAUUGACUCUCUAAGCCGAGACAUUCUCCACCUAGUACCAGCGCUCCGAUUUCUACACGGCUGGUUCACGUAUCGCAGUGUGCACGCUGCCCUAUCCCACCGCAUUAUAGCGGAGCGUAGUUUGUAACAGAGCAAUGCUGUCGAAGAGGAUCACAGCUGGUUUGAAAUAGAAUCAAGGUGUUAAACCAACUCCAUAACCUUCUCCGCACUCUUUUAUUAGAGCAGGAAAUAAUCAUUUAAUUGCUAAACGCCACUCUCCUACUGUAAAGUAUGCCUAAUAAUUUAUGCAUAAAUCACGGAGAAAUGAGACUCAUUAAAAAGAGACUAAAUAAAGGUCAUCUCCCUUCCUUGGGUCACAUUUUUCUGACCAACAGUCCUCCUUUGUCGUUCUCGGUAACUCAGUGGAACGUGACGGGAGAUUGCGUCGGUGGCCGUCUUCCUCUUCACCCCAAGGUUGUGGGCUGAGUGCCAGCUGUCUGCUUCUCUCGUUAACCUUAUUUGUUGUGUGAACACUUUGAAGGAUCUUAUAAAUAAUUUCCCUGCGGUUUGGCAACGCACAAAAGACGUUUCGCAGACAAGUGGCAUAAACAAGAGGGCGGCUGGCUCUGCACUGCACCAGAUACCUUGCCCCCUCGGGAGGAAAGGACUUCUGUGCUCUGAGAGCUCCUGGAUGUCCCUGCAGCAGGUAUAUGUUGCCUGCGCCGGCAGAGCCGGGCUGGCUCAGGGGUCUCCAGGCAGGGGAGCAAGUGGUGCGGUACCAGGGAAGUUUGUUUCUGCAGAGUAAUGUCCGUGUAACCAAGAACCAUGUCCAGGUAUCUGAAGCACUUCACCAUUGUUGGAGAUGACCCCGCACAGUGGAGCAAUGACUACAGGAAAUGGGAGGAAGAGGAGAUGGUCGAGGAAGCGGGGGACAAGCAAGCAGAUUCAGCGAUUCCAGUGGAUCCCUCAGUCAGACAGCGUUCCUUCCAGGAUGUGAUGAAGAAGCUAUUCAGCUCCCACAGAUUUCAGAUACUGGUGGUUUGCCUGGUCGUUCUCGAUGCUCUGCUGGUGCUUGUCGAAUUGCUUCUGGACUUGAAAAUCAUCCACCCAGACAAAAAUCACAUAGCACCCAAGGUGUUUCACUACCUUAGUCUUGCUAUUUUAACCCUCUUCAUGGUGGAAAUUGGGUUUAAGUUAUUCAUCUAUCGCCUGGAGUUCUUUCACCACAAGUUUGAGGUCCUGGAUGGAAUAGUUGUCAUUAUUUCCUUUGUCCUCGACAUUGUCCUUCUGUUUCUGGAGCGGGAAUUUGAAGCGAUUGGACUAUUGAUACUUCUCAGACUGUGGCGAGUGGCGAGAAUUAUAAAUGGAAUAAUCUUAUCGGUAAAGACCCGCUCUGAACAACAAGUGGCCAAGGUGAAGCAAGAAAACCUGCAACUUACUACAAAGGUUGAACAACUUGAAUACAGUUGUGCUGAGAAGGAGCAAGAAAUUGAAAGGCUUAACAGACUCUUAAAGCAGCAUGGACUUAUCAGCCAUCUGCAGUAGAAGUCCAGCUGUGGGAAAUCCUUCCAUGGAGGGAGUUCUAGUGCUGGAAACUGUGCUUGAUGCCCGUGGCU